CCUCUUAAAAACAGUAUUUUAGGGUUAAGAGUCUGUUCCGUAAAACAAUAUACUUUCACUCAGCUCCCACUUUCAAUUCUUCUCUCUCGAUCAUGGAGUCCGACGGCGACAUGUACGAGGACAGUGACGUAGAAUCCGCCGGCGAUGAUUUCUACGGCGACGGAGACGCUUCCGACGGCGUCAGCGACGCCGAUGACGACGAUUUCAUUGGUAAUGAUCCUGAUGACUCCGAUGAUCUUUGCGCUAAGAAAAACUACGUCGUUUUGUCCGACGAUGAUAUUCGUCGUCUCAUGGACGAUGAUAUCUCUAAGGUUUUCUCAGUUCUCUCAAUUUCCAAAAUUGAAGCAUCUGCUUUGCUCCGACGGUAUAAUUGGAGUGUGAGUAAAGUUCACGAGGAAUGGUUCGCUGAUGAAUCGAAAGUUCGAGAAGCUAUUGGCUUGAAAAUAAAUAAUAAAAUCAUUCAAUCUCCGGAAUUAAAUUCAGUAAUUUGUGUAAUUUGCUUUGAGGAUUAUUCAUCCGAUGGAAUUUUGGCGUCUGCUUGUGGUCAUCCUUUUUGCGUUGAAUGUUGGCGAGGGUAUAUUAGUAAUUCCCUAUCUGAUGGUUCUGGAUGUUUAAAUUUGCGAUGUCCUGAACCAUCUUGUAAAGUUGCUGUCACACAGGAUAUGAUCGAUCUUUUAGCAUCCGAUGUUGAUAAAAAGAAGUAUUAUGGAUUUCUUUUUCGUUCUUACGUUGAGCAAAACAGGAAAAUUAAGUGGUGUCCUGCUCCGGGAUGUAAUUUCGCCGUUGAAUUUGAUAUAGGGAGUGAUAAUUGCGAUGUUAUGUGUAACUGUUCACAUUGUUUUUGUUGGAAUUGUACGGAUGAAGCUCAUCGACCCGUUAAUUGUGAAACAGUGAGGAAAUGGAAGGAGAAGAACAGAGCAGAAUCGGAAAAUACUAAUUGGAUUUUGGCUUACACAAAACCUUGUCCCAAAUGCAAACGCCCAAUUGAAAAGAACGAAGGGUGUAUGCGAAUGACAUGUAGAGACCCUUGCAAGUAUCAGUUUUGUUGGCUGUGCCUUAAUUCUUGGUCAACUCAUGGCUAUAAUCCGUGUAACAAGUACAAGCCGGAGACUGAAGAUGAGAAAAAGAAAGAAAUGGCAAGGCAAUCUAUUGUGAAAUACACGCAUUAUUACGAGAGAUGGGCUGCAAAUGAGAAGUCGAGGCGAAAAGCUGUAGAGGAUUUGAGGAGAAUGGAUGAAGUGAAUGUUAAGGAGCUGAGUAAAUUGCAGAGAAUCCCAGAGACACAAUUGAAGUUCAUUUUAGAUGCUUGGAAUCAGAUUGUUGAGUGUAGGAGAGUGUUAAAAUGGACUUAUGCUUAUGGAUUUUACUUUCCUAAUGAGGAGCAAACGAAAAGGCGGUUUUUCGAGUACUUGCAAGGACAGGCAGAAACUGGUUUGGAGAGACUUCACCAUUGUGCAGAGAAGGAACUGGAGAUUUAUUUGAAUGUUGAAGAAAGUGAUUCCAAAGCAUUUUAUGAUUUCCGUAGAAAGCUUACGGGUUUGACUAGUGUGACUAAGAAUUACUUUGAGAAUUUAGUUAGAGCACUUGAGAAUGGUCUUGAAGAUGUGGAUUCUCUUAAUGCAAAAUAAGAUUGUCUUUUGUGCCUAAACCAAAGAGAUGGAGUAGUGAAUACCAGUUUUGGUGGGCAAAAUUAUUCUAUGAAUUGAGGUCUACAUGCUAAUAAAAAAUGCAUAUAACUGAUGAAUUAAUUAAGGUGUGUGCAAACUAACUACUCAGCAGGAUACAGGAGGCAGAAUUGUGAGGCCGACAGACAAUUAAGGCAAAGUCAGGCUACGUUGGACAUGGCAGGUGGAUUCUCUCGUGUUGCUCUUUUUGGUUCAUAUUGUAGCCUCAAAUUGUUGUUUUGAGGUCUCACUCCUUUUUUUAUUUUCCUUAAAGUACAAAGGAAGUUAUUUUGUGUUAGCAUCUAAGAUAAUUCAGGGCACCUCGUUGCACAAAGUAUUCCAUGUUUACAUAAGAGCGGGGAAGGGCCACAUCCCCAAGUGAGUGUGAUAUAAGCAGUCUAUCCCGAUGUGAUAAUCUAAAUUUAUAAAUUUAAGAUUAUUACAUUGUGUGAAUAAAAGUUUGAGUUGAUUUCACUUAA